AAAUUUAAUAAUGUGAUUGGAUUCAUUAUUCAGAAUCAUGGUACAUUUCAUUAUAAAGAGUGGAGAAUGGUCCCUGAAGAUGUGAGAGCUCCAUUGCGACACUAUCUUUUGGAACAUUUUGACAUCAACUUGAAUGAUGAGACAACUAAAAAAUGCAUUGAUGAGCAAAUGAGAAAAGCUUGGAAGGGUCAUAAGUACAAGCUGCACUUAUAUUUCAAAGAAAUUGGAGGAGAAAAUGAUCUUGAGAUGGCCAAGAGCAAACGUCAUCCAGACUUAAAAGAACAACAACAAGAAGAUUGGAUGAUUUUGUGUGAUCGUUGGUGUUCUCCUGAAUAUAAGGUAACAUUUUUUUAUCAUAAUAUUGCUAUUAUGAUAGGAACAAGAGACCCGACAUACUAUUUACAUAUUGCUAUUGUUCUUGACAUCUAGCUAUUUGUUAUUUUC